GCUAAUUGUGAGUGCUUUUGAACACGAUUUAUGCUCAAUGGCUGAUCUCGGUAAUCAGGAUAUGGUAGCUGAUAAUGUCAGCGAUAUUUCAAGCUACUCCGAAUCAGAUUCCGAAGCCAGAAAAAUAGUGGAAGUGGUUGAGGAAACAAUCGAAGAAUAUGACAAACCAGCUUAUAGCGAUGAGGAUUUAAAUACGUUGGUAGGAUUCAUUAGCAACAUGGUUUUACUGUUUGACUAUGAUAGAAAUGAUUUCGGAGAUGAUGCUGCCUCGGUAGUAAAACAAUGGCUUAUUGACAGCAAUUAUCCGAUGAUGUUCAUAUUCUACGAUGGAGAUAUUCUGUCGGCAUCUUUAGCAUUUCCAUUGUGUCCUUUCAACGAUCUAAUGUAUUUUAUGAGAGAACCUGACCAACUGUUUAACGUAAUAGAACAAUUUCAUGACGAUAUUAUAUUUGGUACGUUGCACAACGAUAUCGAAGGGUCAUUACUAGUAACACUGGAGCAAGUCUACGGCCCACUUAUACUCGCUAAUACUGAGUGGUCCGAGGAUGUAAAAGCACAAGUUAUAUCCGGUUAUAAUACGUUCAUGGCGUACUUGACCGAGCUUCAUUACAAGCUAUCUGGAUUUACACUGCUCUAUGUUCCUUGCGAAGGACAUAAUAUGCAAGUCCAAGAAGUUGCCGUUAACCGCUCGAUGGUGAAACGGCUUGAAACGGUGGUCAUCGAUUGGACUAGCCAAAUACGAUCGACUCUUAGUGAUACACAACAUUUCGUCCCAGAUGAUUUAAUUCGUCCUUCGGAUGAGUAUAAUUUUUGGUUAUAUAGACAUGAAGUACUUUGUGCAAUGAAGUCUCAGUUCGAAGGAGCUAACAUUCAGCAUAUUUUGAAAAUACUAGAGCUAGCCCAAUCUCUUUACACUAAACCUCUCAGAGAUGUAUUUAGCAGUUUGACAGAAGAAAUUCAAAUAGCGGAAUCGAACAUCCCAUUUCUAAAGUUAAUGGUAGAACCGUGCUUUGCCAUUCGUUCUUUGGAAAGUGAAGAUGAUCUCUGCUUGCAACUAGUGCAUGUGAUGCACAUGCUACGAUUUAUUGGCUCAAAUUCGUGUAAUUUACGUGAGGAUGAUUGCAUCACGAAACUAUUCCUUUAUCUUAGUAAUGAAAUCGUUUCAUCUUGCAUGCAAUGUAUUGAUGUUGAUAAAAUACUGUCCGGUUCACCAAAACACGGCAUUGAAAUUUGUGGUUUGAAAAUUAAUUGUUGUGAAUUUUAUAAAAUUAUCUACGAGGAAAUGCUAGAACAAUAUAAACAUGAGUUCAAUUGGAAUUUGGAUUAUGCAGUUAUUUUCAAUAAAAUCAAUGCUUUCAUUCAACGUUUGAGUGACAUCUUGGAAAUAUGCGAAGCCAUGCUGAUAUUUGGAAAGCACACUGAUAGUAAUUCAUAUAAAAACAAUCGGUUCUCGUGCAACAAUGCCAAAGAAUUCGAAAAGAAAUGUGACAAGGUGGAGCAAAUUUUCACAGGAGGAAUCGAAAUAAUCCUUUCAACAUCUGGUUCGAUUCUCGACAUAAACGAUAAAGGAUGGUACAAAUAUAUAGCAGAUUUCAGAGAAAUGUUAAGAACGCUAGAUGACAUUAUAGAAAAUUUGCUUUCUAACGUGUUUCUAGUGUCCGAAAAUCUGGAAGAAAAAAUUGAUGCGUUGAUUACCCUUUUGAUUUUCUAUAACCGAGAAAGCAUCAAGGAGAGUUUCAUGAGAAAAAUCGCCGAAAUUUGGCAUAUUUUUCAUACGGAGAUAACAGAUCUAUCGAAGGAAGUUUCAUCUGGCAUUAUAUUAUAUCCCACAUUUCUUCCACCAAACGUUGGCCAGUAUACAAUGUUGAAAAUAAAAUUCCAACAUUUAUAUCGACUGAAAGAGUUAUUGGAACGAUGUAGAUUUUUUCCACAAUACUUGGAAAGUGAAGACACUUUAGCAUUGUUUGAAUCGUGUGAAAAACAGGUGAAGACUGCAUUAAAAGGUUUCAAUGAUGCUUGGAUAAAAUCCAUUACUAGUGACUUCGGUACAUGGCUAAACAGAAAUCUUGUUUGUCGAAGUCAAAUGCGUCCUGGAUUACUAGAAUGUCACAUCGAAAGAUCGAUGCUAUUAACAAUCGACGAGGCACAUUUUUUCAUGGUACAAGGAGCCAUCAUUCCGUCAGUGAUUGAUAUGGAGAAAAAUCAAAGUGUUAAACAAACGUUUGACAGUGUGAUUCGAAUUGUAUUAUAUUUUAACAAUGUAAUAUCAUCAGUUUCGGCAAAAGAACGUAUUUUCUUUAAACAUAUGAUUCAACAAACCGAAAGAAAACUGGAGCCAUUGAAAAGCAAACUUACCUGGAAUGAAGAUUUAGGUGAAUUUAUUGAUACGUUUGUAAUCAACGUUAAAGAGCUGCUGGACGUAAUUCAAGUUUAUAAACGAGAAAAUCUAAAAAUAGCAAACUGGAUGGAAAGCAUUUUCAAUCUGUACCUGUUUGAACUUAACAAAUUACAUGCCCAAACACUUAAAGAUUUUUUUAAAAAUAUUGGAGAACAAAAGAAGAAGUCGAUAACAGAACUUGUCAACCUAUUAUCUGAGAUAAGUAAAAAUAUUUUCUGCAUUUUUGAACGUUUGGGAUCAAACGUACGAAGGAUGGAAGAAAGUUGGUCCCAAUAUGUGCAAAAGAUUGAUACCAUACUGAAGGCAUCGAUAUUUAAUUCAUCUCUGGAGACAUUAAAGUGCAUCCAGAAAGCACUGACUGAUACUGAUUACCCAAUAUUAAGUGUCGAGAUUGUGCUGGACGAAAAUGGUAUUACAUACAAACCAACACUAGAGUCGAUCGAAACUGCUAUGAAGCGGCUGUCAAUGGAAGUGCCAUCGAUUUUAAAACUCAUUCCUAGCAUGUGUCAAAAAUUUCAGAUCAAUUCUGAUGAAAACUUUCUAACAGAUUUUUUGCAAAACAGUGCAUAUCAAGAUAUAAACAGCAGUAUAUGUCAAGCAAUUGCAAAUGCGAUGCUAGAGCUUCGUACUUUUAAGGAAAAAUGGAGCGUCUUUCGUCCGUUUUGGAGUAUCAAUCGUACAGCGUUUAUCGAUAAAUUUAAACUUUCCGCUAUGUCUUCCGAUGCAUUUCACAGGAACAUUGAAAAAUUUGAAGAACUUUUGAAUCAGCUUUCUACACAAAAUGAUGUUACAGUUUGUAAAUGCGUUGAAGUAAAUGCUUUGAAAUUAAAAUCUGCUAUUACCAAUCAUAUCAACGAUUGGCAAAUUAAAUAUAUCGAGUAUUUGAAGUGCAUAUCAUACGGACUUAUCAUUGAAUUCAACAACACAUUAAACAAUAACAUGGAAGCCUUGAGCUAUGAACCAAAGGAAGUGGAGGACCUCAAGAAAUUAGAAUCUACGUAUCAAAAUUGUUACGAUGCCAUUCCCAAUAUGAUAGAAGAUAUUAAAGUAAUAGUGAAAUAUUUUGGAGUUUUAGAAAGAUACACGUCGGAUUUACUUCCCGAAGCAAAUCACCUCUUUCAAAAUAUACAUAAUAUUUGGGAACGAUACAUGGAUCAUAUCACCAACAUUAAGGAUCAAAUCGAAAACUAUCAGAGUCAAUUCAAGCUAUCAAUGACUAGUGAGGUCGCAAGCUUAAAAGUUAAUGCUUUGGAAAUGCUGAAACUGCUUGAUAUGCAGAUGCCGGUCGAUUGCGAUAUAUUGCCAGAAGAUGCAUUUUUGACUAUAGAUAAUUUGAUGGUACAAUUGGAACAACUAGAAGCUCAAGAAAACAUCAUUAGGGAUAAAAUGCGUCUCCUUGGCGUUGAGUAUCAUCCAUUAGAAGCAAUCAUACAAAUUCGAAAAAAACUCGAAUGCAUGAAGCUUAUAUGGAUCUUCAUGUGUAAAUGGAAGCACAUCAAAGAAAUUACUCUAGUUCAAAUAUUUCAAGAAAUUUCCGUGAAUGAGAUUCACGAAUACAUAAUGAACAUAAUUUGCGAGCUCAGAACAUUAGAGUCAGAAAUAACCGAAGACAUGAAGUAUCCAAUUUACUAUUCGACGCGAGCUGAUGUUCUGAACUUUGAAAUAACAGUCUCCAUAUUAAUAGAAAUGAAAUCAUCUUAUUUACGAGUCCGCCAUUGGAGUGCAAUUAAAAACAUAUUGUCGCAACAGUUCAAUCACACAGAAAACUUUUCGUUAGGCAGUAUGAUUGAGUACAAUUUUUUUCUGCAUGAAGAAAAAUUAAAUACACUGUGCUGUGCAGCACGGAAAGAGCACGAUAUUGAAAUGGAACUUGAAAUUAUUGAGCAAGUAUCUGAACAAAUCGAUUACAGAAUGAAACGUAAUCAUGCGGCGUAUAAAAUAACCAACGCCAAAAUAUGCUUUUCAAUUAUCGAAAGUAAUUCUUUAAGAAUACAUCGUAUACAACAAUCGGUCCAUAGCUUACCGUUUCAAGAAACGAUCAAUUAUUGGGAAGAAACCUUAAAUUUGAUGAAAGAUUUGUUAGACUGUCUCCUGGUGAUUGAAGAAAAACAUAAUUUGUUGGAAGAUAUAUACAAGAUGACCGUCAGCUCUGAGAAACUAGAACAUUUCAAUCAUGCAUUCUCAUUGUGUCAGAAAGACUGGACUACUAUUGGUCAGUUGAUUAGCAAUGAAAAUUUGCGAUCAGAAAUCUGUCCAAAAGGCCUUCCAUUUUUAGAUAAGGUCGAAACUCUACGGAAACGGUUCGAAAAUUUAUUUCAACAUUUAAACGAAAUGAUGGACAGUAAGCGAAAAUGCUGUGCUCGUUUAUAUUUGAUCUCCGAUCGUUUACUUAUCAAACUAAUUGCCGGCCCUUUGGAUUUUGAGUUAUUAAAUCAAGCUAUCAAACUUAUUUUCGAGAACUUCAGUAGUUUGUGUACGAGACGUCAGAAUCUACCACCGCGAAAUAGUCGUUGGGAAAUUUUAGGCGUGUGUACAAAACACAAAGAAUGCGUUACAUUUCUCAAACCUUAUGUUCUAGAGACAAAUACGAAUAUCGAUCAAAUUAUAAAUGAAAUUGAGCAAAGCGUUCGAGAAUCAUUGAAAAAUGCGUUACGUGGUUGUUUAUUGCAGUUGAAACAGAACUAUUUUAAGCGCGUUGAAUGUGGAUGGCUAAAUGCUUGGCUUCAUCAGCUAUGCCUUAAAAGUACAAGUAUAGAGAAUACCCUUCAUAUUCGCAAUGCAUUAUUGCAAUCGGAUUUACUCGGUAAGACAAAGCCAAUGAAAAUGCUACGCAAGAUGCAUAAUAAGCUAUUGAAUGAACUAACAGUUUCCUCUCGGAACUUGACAAGCAUAGACGAAAAUGUAUGGCUGAGCAAAAAGCUGGACGAUAUGAUCAUUAUUGAAAUUAAUGCUCGAGAUGUCAUAAAUCAUUUUUCGGACCAAAAAGUAAUGGACUUGAAAAAUUUUGAAUGGCUCUCACAGCUACGAUCGUACUGGAAUGAUCAAACCAACACUUGUUCUAUUGUUCACAUCGAUAACACCAUUCCGUAUGGCUACGAAUGUAAAUCAUCAAGUCAACCUUUGUUUAUGAAUAUUCAUACGAAUCGAAUUAUAAUGGCAGUAACAUGUGCGAUGAAAAGCAAAUUUGUACCUUAUCUUCUGGGCGAAGACGAAAACAGGAGUGUAGGUCUACUGAAAAAUCUCUCGACAGAAUUGGCCGUAUUCUUUGCUGUACUGUACUGUGACAGAGAAUGGAAGGCGGAACCCGUAAUUCGUUAUCUGACGGGAAUUUUGGAAAUGAGAGCCUGGAUUUGCUUCAGUGCAAUUGAAAAACUACCUUCACAAAUUCUUGCGACUAUAAAUGGCAUCAUAAAAAAAUCAUCGUCAAAAAAAUCAAAUAGUCAGAUUUUGGAGUUGAAAAAACCGCGGUCUUACUCAAAUUUCCAAAUAUUUGUUACUGGAAGUGAUAGAGUAAAAGUAGUCACGGAAUUAGAGCGAAGUGUGAUAAGACCAAUUGCUGUAGUUUCACCAGAUGAAGAAAUCAUGCUUCAGAAUAUGCUAUGUUAUUGUGGUGUUAAUCAUUACCGCACUAUUGCCAGAUUGAUUAAAUUAUUUGUAAAGCACCUUAAACUUCAUCUUUACAACCGUUACCAACUGUGGACCCGUCAACGUAUUUGGAAUGCUAUUUUACGUACAAAAACGCUAUUGAGACAAAAUUCCUGUUCGGAAACAGAUGUUGUGGCUAGUGCUCUGAGGGAAGAAUUUGCACCAAGCUUAUCGGACAAUGAGAAUAAGUUAUUCGAGCAAUGGAUGUCAUCCAUAUUUCCAAUGAUUAAAAACGAGAAUCAUAUAAGUGACAUGGAUAGUGAUCAGAAGUUAAAAUCUGCUUUUGAUGAACUGCAACUUACGUCGACGCCAUAUCAAGAAUCGAAGGUGAAAGAAAUACUAAUGAAAUUGUCACAAAACCGUCUGUUAAUCGUGACUGGUGAACCUGUUAGUGGAAAAUCUCAUUUAUUGAAGGCGGCACUGUUGACGCUUCGCAACAAUGACCAAUGCUAUCAGCAGUAUUAUAUAAAUCCGGAAACUUUGAAGUUACCAACCAAUAAUCAAUCAUUGAAUAGGUCACAAUUUGAUGAAAUUCUGACUACAAUAAUGGAAUCGAAAAAGCACAUACGAAAGUGUAUUCUGUUCGAUUGUGCAGAACUUCUCGAUUCAUGGGUAAAAUGUAUCGAAUCGUUGCCGAAUCAAUUUAUUACGAAUGAUUUAACUAAUGUGUCAUGUGUAGCUAGUGAUCUUAAAAUUGUCAUCGAAAUUGUCGAUCUGGGAAAAGCAACACCGUCAUCUAUAAUUAAUUUUGGAAUUGUGCAUAUAGAUGAAAAACAGUUAUCAUGGAAGCAAAGUUUCAUUACGUGGCUAACCUUUUCUACAUUUAUGGCAGAUGACGUUAAAAAUUAUCUUAAGGAAUUGGGAAAUACCUACUUGGAAGUUUUUUUUAAACUUUUUAAGACUAACAUAAACUUCUACACCGAAACCAAUGACAUAAAUGCAAUGCAAAUGUUUUGCCACAUAUACACUACUAUUUUUCAAAAUUGGAAAACAAACAAGCUAUUAGUGGGCGAAUAUAUGACAAAAGAAGCUCUGAGAAAACUUUUCUUUUUUUGUUGCAUUUGGUCGGUCGGAGCAUCUCUAAAUGAAACUAAUCGUGAAAAGCUUGAUAUUUUGAUACGUGAACAAAUUUCUGAUAGUGCUUCCAGUCUACCCUUGAAAGGAAAUAUUUUCGAUUAUUUUGUUGAAGUCACCGAAAACUCUUCAAGUUGGGUUACAUGGAACACGCAACACCUUGAAAAUGCUGGCAAUGAUUUUAGUUUCGGAGAUUAUGUUUACACAAAAGAAAAUAUUUCAUACCAAUAUAUCACCGCAUUAAUGAUGAUGGAUGUAAAGCCUGUAUUGAUUACUAGUGAAUCAACAGUAGGGAAAAGUGCAAUGAUUAAGCACUUGGUGACAUCGAGAAAUGCCGAAAAUCAACUAAACUGCUUUACUAAUUUGACAAAAAUAACUUCUGCUUGCUGCUUACGAAGAAUACUUUCCAAACAUUCGAUAAACGUAGCAAAAGAAAUUGUUUAUCCAAAAGACCGCAAGAAAUUGCUUUGGAUUCUGGACGAUUUUCAUACAGUUUUAGAAAACAACACGGACUCAAUGGAAUUCUUGAAAACCUUAAUUGAACACAAAUUUUGGUACCAUGAUCGUUGUCCACAACAUCUGAAAAACACUGCUAUAGUUGCUGCAAUGAAAAACAUUCUUCACGUUUCUCGAUUUACGUCAUCUGUUAGAAGACUGCUGAACAAAUUCAACAUCAUCUACUAUGCUACAAAUAGUGACGAAAACAAGGCAUUCAUAUUUACCGAGAAGAUAAAAACCAUGAUGCACUCGGAUAAAUCAAACAAAAUUCUAGAUUCACUGGCUCCAGCUACAGUUGAAUUGAUUCGUUGUCUUGCUACAAGCAUGCCACCUACUCCGAACAACCCACGGUAUCAGUUUUCUAUGAAAACCGUUGGCAGGAUUCUCAACGCUUUUUGUCAACUGAGCAUCAAGACUACACUUUCCGAUAAAACAUCGUUGCUUAGAUUCUGGAUUCAUGAAUGUUACCGUGAAACAUAUGAUUUAUUACGCGCUUCAGAUCACAAAAAGUACUUUGAAAUAUUCAACGAUACUAUUUCCACAUACUUCGAAGCUACUCUACAUGGAAUUUGUCCCAGAAAUCGCAGUCCUGUGUUUUGCGAUAUGAAAACAGCUGAUUCCAAGUAUGAGGAUGUGGCUGAAAUCGAACAGUUAAUACAAUUAACAGAAGAAGCAGCUCAAAUUCAUUUUGCAACAGAAUCAGUUCCUAUUGUUCACAAGGCAGCCGUCGAACAUGCCGCUAAGUUACUUAGAAUCCUUCAAAUUGAAAACGGUCAUAUAAUUCUUUCGGGUGAUGCUGGAAGUGGUCGCAGUACAGUUUGUCAGAUCGCUAUGUCGAUGUAUAAUUUCCAGAAAACUGAUACCCGAGAUAAUAUUUUAUUGCACCACCUACGCAUCAAGUUGAUUGAUGAUGCAGAAGCAAUAGAUAGAAAAUUUACAAAGCUAUUCAUUCGAUGUAUGAGUAGUCGUGUUCUAUGCCUCAUACAAGUUCACCAACCCGAGAAAACGAACCAAAGCAUGUUAGAAAUUGUGAAUAGUAUCAUUCUAAAUGGCACAAUCGAUGGAUUUUACCCUUGUUCCGAUUCACUUCACAACUUUCCAGAAAAUUUUAUAUGGACAGAUGUUCGGCUGAAUCUUCAUUUUGUUCUUUGCAUUCCAGAUAGCAGUGAGCACUAUCGUCUUUUAAGUAAUGCAUUUCCAUCACUGUGUACUAGUGUCACAACAAAUUGCAUGCAAUCAUUGAGCAAUGAAAGUUUGACAGAAAUAACUAAAAAGUUUCUGCAAAGAAACGUGAUAUUCGAUAUUCCUAUACUUGGACCAGACAAUUCUGUUUCUGUUCAAAGAAAACAACAAUACCGAAAAAGAGACAGUUUGAUCCAGAGUACCGAGGAACGAUUACUCUUAGCAACGGUGGAUGCUAUUCCUAGAGUUCAUUUAUCGGCUAAACAUGACAUGGUAUCAUCACAGGCCCGUACAAGUGUGCUUUGUAGUUGGUAUUUUGAGAUGCUCCUUACGUUCGAAAGGAUUCUUGUUUUAAAAAGAUCAAAUUUAAGCAAUGAAUAUCGGAAAUUUCACAUUGGAAUAGAACAGAUAAUAGAUGCCACUCAGAACGUCACCCUGCUACAAGAGCGAUUGGAGAAACAACAGGAACAAAUAGGAAUAUACCAACUUGAAUUAGAACAGUUUAUUGAAAGUAUUAAUUUGCAAACAGCGGAAGCCGAUGAACAAAGCCAAGAGGUGUCAGUGCAGCGCGAGAAAAUAGGAGCUGAAGAAAUUCUUUGCAAACAGUUGGCAGAUGAUGCUGGCGCUGAUUUGGAAAAGGCGAUGCCAGCUUUAAAUAAUGCCAUAGCGGCACUGGAUUCUCUGAACAAAAAAGAUAUGAAUGAAAUAAAAUCAUAUGCUCGACCCCCCGUGAAAGUUGAGCUUGUACUUAAUGCGGUUAUGAUUUUGUUAGGAAAAGAACCAACAUGGACUGAAGCCAAACGUCAAUUGGGCGAACAAAAAUUUCUGGAUACUUUGAAAAAUUUGGAUAGAAAUCACAUAAGUGAUAAAACACUAAAAACAAUUGGCGGCUACGUUCGCAAUCCUGAUCUUGAGCCUAAUAAAGUGGGAAUUGUAUCUAAAGCUGCCAAAUCAUUGAUGAUGUGGGUGAGAGCAAUUGAAAACUAUGGAAAGGUGUACAAAUACGUUGGACCCAAAAUUAGAAAAAUGGAGGAAGCUGAGGCAUCGCUUCUUGAAAAACAAAAUUCUCUCAGGAGAGCGGAACAAAAACUGGCGGAUCUUGCAGCACAACUCGAUGCUCUCCAUUUGGAGUAUGCAAACAAAAUGAAAUGUAAAGAUGAGCUUGAUGAGGCAGCUAGACAGAUGUCAUUGAAAUUGGAAAGGUCCAAGGCUCUAGUAGAAGGAUUGGCAAGCGAAAGAGUAAAAUGGACAAACUCUGCCGAAUGUCUUGAACAUGAGUACUCUUGUUUAAUUGGAAAUGCAUUGUUAGCAGCGGGAUCUCUUGUAUAUUUUGGAUCAUUACCUUCCGCUUUACGAGAACAAUUGAGAACGCAGUGGAAAAUAGAUUUAGAAGCUUUAGAAAUAUUAUUUACAGAGAAUUUUGUCUUGUUCAACCAACUCUAUCAUCCAGAUGUUCUAGAAGUAUGGCAAAGUAAUGGAUUAGCAACUGAUGACCUCUCUAUUGAAAAUACAACAAUUCUGUUGAACAGUAUUAGGUUGCCGUUAGCAGUUGAUCCACAAAAUGAAAUCUAUCGGUGGAUAUUGAAUCAAUAUAAUGCAAGUGGAAUUUUGCAAAGGGAUUUUGACGAGGAUAUCCCGGAAGCGUUCAUUGCUACCACAAUUCGUGAUCGCAUUCCACUACUUCUAUACAAUUUUAAAAGCUCAAGCAUACAUGAUGUGAACGAUUUAGAGAAAAUAUUUUUUUGGAUUCAGCAAUUUAAUAUCUCUCACAAUGACCAAGAUUCUAGUGGCAUUAACGAUAAAUCGAGAUCUGUUCUCUUCAUGACUACUUAUGAAAACUUAAUUCUGGAUUUUCGUUCAAGCAAGGUUGUUAAUAUGGUGAAUUUUGUUUUUGGAUUAUCUGGACUAGAAACAAAAUUAUUAGCGUUUGUUGUUGAACAUGAAAAUCCAGCCCUAGAGGAACGCAAAGAAACAAUAAUACGUACGAUUGCCGAGAACAAAACAACUUUGGUUAAAUUAGAAGAUAAUAUUCUGCUCAUUUUAAAUGAAAGAAAGGUACCACUCUUAGAAAAUGAACAACUUUAUGGUACCUUGAAUGUGUCGAAACAAGCUUCAUCAGAUCUAAAUAAGGGAUUGAAACUAGCUGAGCAAGCCAAGAAAGAUAUUGAAAUCUCUCGUGGAACUUAUAAACCAUGCGCUAAAAGAGCAGCGCUUCUUUUCUUCGUGCUUAAUACAAUGAAACGGUUCAAUUCCUUCUAUUGGUUUUCUUUAGAUUGGUAUUUUUCGUUGUUUUUGCAAUCAUUGGAAAAGAGUGGCAGAUCUCAGAUAAUAGAUGAACGUAAAACGAAAAUAAACGAAUACCAUACUUACCAUGUUUUCAAGAAUGUGUGUUUGGGGCUGAAUCGAAUGGACCAAGAGAUAUUUGGGUUCUACUUAACCAUAAGUUUGUUAUAUGCAAAUGAUGAAUUCAACGACAGAGAAUUUCGUUACCUACUUUAUGGUGCAGGUAAAAUUGAUCGUGUAGAGCAAGUGGAAAAUCCAAACCCGGAAUGGAUUUCGCAUGUUCAGUGGGAUAAUAUCACAGAAUUAGACAAAUUACCUGGAUUUCGUGGAUUAAUCCAAUCGUUCGAAGAAGUAAAUGAUGACUGGAAAUCUUGGUAUAUGUCCCCAAGUUCCGAAGUAAAACGUCUACCGGCAAAUUGGGAAAGAAAUCUGACCAAAUUUCAAAAGUAUUUAGUUGUUCGAAGUCUACGUUUAGACAGACUAGAAUACUGCUUGAACGAGUUUGUUGGUUGUUACCUCGGCAGAAAGUAUAGUGAUUCUCCCCACUUCACCAUCAAUGAUAUAUUCAAUCAGUCUGUAGCACGGACCCCUAUCAUGUUAAUAGCUAGCUCCCAUGGCAAUCCGUGGCGUGACGUAUUAUGUUUAGCGCACUCAAAUUUCGCAAAUCCAGAUGAAAAUGUACUGUAUCUAAACGCAAACACUGUAUCAAUAGAAACUAUCAUCAACAAUUUGAAAAUAAGUGUCAAACAGGAAAAAUGGCUGUUCGUUAAUGAUUGUCAUAAAUCGAAACGCUUGUUAUCACAACUCGCUCAUGUGUUAAAUUUUUUAAACCAGAUUAAUUCAAAUUCCAAAUUCCGUUUGUGGAUAGUUAUUGAUGUCAAUUGUAGCUAUGUGCCCGUGAAUGUAGUAAAAGACUGUACCAAAUUCAUGUAUAAUGAAACAAUGGGAAUACGGCAAAGAAUGCAUUCACUUUAUGAAGUUAUCGGAGAGAGUAGAUUCAAGAAAAAAUCUAAAAACAAGUACCACAUCCAGCUGAAAAAAAUACUUUAUUCUAUGACUUUUUUUCACGCUUUGUUGAUUGAAAGGAAAAAAUUUCAAACGCUAGGAUGGAUGAAACAAUAUUUUUUAAAUUCUCUGGAUUUCCAGCUGUCGGAAAAAUUGCUGGAUUUUGGAAUGCUCGAAUUGGUACCUACGAAUCUUAAUAAGAAAAUUGUUGAUCAAAACGUUGAAACUGAACACGAGUUCGAAGAAAUUAUACCUUGGCAGUUCAUUAAGAGCAUAUGCCUGGAGGUAGCAUAUGGCACUCAUUUUAUCAACAAAUGGGAUCGAAGAAUAUAUGAUGUGUAUACCAAAGAUAUUUUCAGACCACACAUUGAAACAACAUCCCACUGUGCAUUGAUUGACAAUGAUGCAUCAUAUGUAUAUCCAAGUGAUGGUACCUACCAAUCAUAUACCAUGUUCAUAACCAAACAAUUGCCAAUUAAUGACGGCACAAAUGUUUUCGGACAAAAUGAGAAUGCUGCUAUCAAAUAUUUACAAUCCCGAUCGAUGCACAUGUUGGAGAUGCUUCGUAAGAUAAAUCUUGGAUUUACAGAGACAGAACAUAUUGCUAGCAGCACCGGGGAGGUUACGAAUUAUGAUAAUACAAAACAAACUGUUUCGGAACUGUUAGCAACACUUCCUGUUUGCCUGGAUCAUCAUAACGCCGAACGAAUUGUAGGAACAAACAGAACAGCUGUUAGUGAAUCUCUUCUGCUAGAAAUCUUUUCAUACAAUCAGAUCAUUGAGCUUAUUCGAAGAAACCUCGAAGAAAUAAUUCAUGUGCUGUGCGGAGAGCACUGCAUGACUGACAGUCAUCACACCCUAAUAGUUCAUAUUCAGAAUAACCAAGUACCACCGGCGUGGAUUUUGUACAGUACAAAUAAAUUUCUGUCGGAUUGGAUACUAGAUUUGAAGGACAGAACAGAAUAUUUUAGAAGAUGGUCUGAAACGGGACAGCUGCCGGCAAAUAUAUUAUUGGGCCGUUUCAUACGACCAAGGUUGUUUUUGGAUAGCGUUUUAAAACUACACGCUCAAGCAAACAAUAUUCCGUUAGUGGAACUAACGUGGGAUGUAUAUGUGUUUACCACUCUGAAGCCACUACUACGUCUUCAGAUAGCUGAAGGAUUUAUAGCAAGGGGAUUGCACUUGGAAAACGCAAGCUGGAAUUUGGAAAAUCAAAGUCUCAGGCAGCCCAGAAUCUUAGAAAUGCAAUACCCUAUGCCUCCAAUAGCUUUCAAACCAGUUAGACGAGAUAAUCUAAAACACGGCAAACAAAUGUUCAAGUGUCCAUGUUACUAUAGCACUCGUAGAGAAGAGGAAGAUUAUGUCAUGGCUAUUAAUCUUAGCACUGGAGAUUUUUGUGAUGAUACGUGGACUAAGUAUAAUAUCGCUAUUUUGCUUAAUAACUGAAAAUAUAGUGUAGGUAUAUGACACAUUUGUUUCGAA